AAUUUAAAUAAAUAAACAAACAUACAAAAUAAUAUAUAUAAUUAAAUUAAAUAAAUAAAUAAAUAUCAACACUCUAAAAAAUGGCAACUGUUUUUGACAUCUUAUUAAAUCAACAUUAUAAUACCUUAAACAAUAAAGAGCCAUAUGGUAUUGGGUUCGAGCCAGAACUUGAUGUUGUUGAAACAACAGAUUCUUUUAUUAUUGAAACCGAACUACCAGGUGUAAACAAAGAUGAUAUUCAAAUAGAAAUUAAAGAUUCAAAGCUAUACAUUCAAGGUGAAAAGAAAAGAUCAAUUCCUGAGACAUCACAAACUAGCGAAAGUUCCCAAAAUACUGAAUUCAAGAACAAAAACUAUUUAUCUGAAAGAUCAUUUGGUAAUUUCAAAAGAUAUUUAGAUUUAACUAGAGUACUAUCUACAUUAGAUUUAUCAAACAUCAAAACAGAAUACACCGAUGGUCUUUUAACAAUAACCAUCAACAAAAAACAAGAGUUAUCAAACUCAAUUAAAAUUACUCUAUAAAAUAAUAAAACCAAUAAAUAAAUAAAAACAUGUACAUAUUUUU